CUAUACAUCAGCUGAUCCGUCACGUGGUCUGGUGUCGUGGGUCACCUCUUUGCAAAAUGGAGUUGUCUGAUUCUGUGCAGAGAGGGCUGCAGUCUCUCGCCGACCCCUCCGCCUUCGCCCACACCAGCUUCCAGGUGCUGGUGGACGUGUCUUUCCGGAGCCUGCUCUCGUCUCACGCCGACGCUGCAGUCCUCGAUCAACCCGAACUGAAGCAGAUCGACCAGAUCCUGCUCAAACAGAGUCACGCUGCAGCGACCACCUUCAUACUGGAGGCGGUCAAACAAAACGCAGACAAGUCGACCAUAAGCUCCAGCCUCGAAGAACUCACACUCAGUGCAGAGAGAAUAGAAAUAUUCUACAGCACAUAUCAGAAACAUAAAAAAGAAUUGGAACACCUAUUAGCCAGCAUAGGAAGGCGUCCGCCUCAGAUUAACGACGUGUCUUGGCGUCUCCAGUACCACAUGAAGAACGAACAGGUCGAUAAGGUCAACGAGCCUUUCUACUCGAUUUCAUUGAACACGGAGAAUGAAGGAUGCUCGGAAGAUAUCGACUUCACCUGCACAAUGGAGCAACUGCAGGAUUUGGUGGGGAAGCUCAAAGACGCUGCCAAGAGUGUGGAGAAAGCCAGUCAGAUGUGAUGUGCCGGUGUCCUGUUUCCUCGCCUUUUCUGCGCCACAAAGCACUGAACUUCAGCAGAUUCCAGCGGCAUUACCCGUCUCUUAAUAGCUUCUUUUGUACCUGACAUUGACGUGCCGUGUAUGCUAUACGAGACAAUUACCAUUCCAACUUGUGUUUCAAUAAAACAAACAAAAAUAAAAAAGUC